UAUUCUUGGGGUACAGUGAGGCUGGGCCUUGCAGCCCUCUCACUUCUUCUCAACCAAUACUUGACUGACCACAUCUGCAAAAAUGAUGCAAGGUAUGAUCAUAAAGAACAUGUCCUUCAAGGUUGGGCAGACCCUGACCAUUGUCGGAGUCGCCAAGCCUGAUGCUACAAAUUUUGCAGUGAACAUUGGCCCGGACGAUCAGGACAUCACCAUGCAUUUCAACGCUCGCUUCAACGCCCACGGAGACGAGAAUGCAGUGGUCUGCAACUCUUACCAGGGGGGAAGCUGGUGUGAGGAGGUCCGCGAUGGAGGCUUUCCCUUUGUACAGGGGGAGGAGUUCAAGCUCGUCAUUGAAUUCACCCCCACAGAGUUCCUGGUGAACCUAACGGACGGCUCGAUAGUCCACUUCCCCAACCGCAUGGGCGCGGAGAAGUACUCCGUCAUCAGCGUCGACGGGGAGGCCCGCAUCAGAAGUGUUGAGAUCAAGUAAACCCCCCCCCCACCACCCACCUCCUCCAAGACGGAAUCCAGUGUCUGUUUUUCUUGACUAGCAUAAGGUCCCAUGUAGCCACGGCUUUCUGGAGUGCAUCUGGUAUUAGUAGUGCCUUACAUGCAUAUCUCACAAUGUACUAUGCGAGACAUUAGCUUCAUGAGCAGAUGCAGAUGCAAGCAGCCUUAGACAGAGAGAUAGACAACACUCUGCACAGCUAAUGGCUAAACAGCGAACCAAAAUAUAAAGUAGUCCGUGUUACCUGGCGGCUAUUUGCUUUAUAGUCUGUGUUUAGUUGAAAAAGUGUUUUAUUUAAUGGGAUUGUUGGUUCUUUAAGGUGCCUUGAUAAGCUGCACGCUCUUUAGUUUUUCCCCUUGAAACAUUCCACCUUUAUAACUGAGUAUGAUGCUUGCCUUUACAACAUGUCCUAUUAAAGAAUGUCCUUUUAUGAUAAACGUG